AGGGAGGGAAGAUCCCCAUCCGCUGGACGUCUCCAGAGGCUAUUGCCUACAGGAAGUUCACGUCAGCCAGUGAUGUGUGGAGCUACGGCAUCGUCAUGUGGGAGGUGGUCUCAUAUGGAGAGAGACCCUACUGGGAGAUGUCCAACCAGGAUGUGAUCAAAGCGAUAGACGAGGGUUACCGUCUUCCGGCCCCUAUGGACUGUCCUGUGGUCCUCCACCAGCUGAUGUUGGACUGUUGGGAGAAGGGCCGCAGCGAACGGCCUAAGUUUGGCCAGAUCGUCACCACCCUGGAUAAGCUGAUCAGAGAUCCAGCCAGCCUCCGAGAGCUGGCCAACAGCUCAUUAUGGGAAGACCCGACCACUCCAGAGUUGUGUGUGAGUACGAUGGAGGAGUGGCUGGAGGCCAUCAAGAUGGGACAGUACAAGGGGAACUUCACCAGCGCUGGAUACGUCACACUGGACUCUGUCCUCUACAUCAGCAUCAGUGAGCUCGUUAAGAUGGAUGUGACCUUGGCGGGUCACCAGAAGAAGAUCAUCUCCAGUGUCCAGAUCCUUCAGUCCCAGGGGACCCACGUCCAAGUAUAACAGUUUCCCUAUAGAGACACACUGGGAGGGAAUGCCAAAAUGGAUGCUCUUCUCUGAGUUUACCCAUUGAGACACACUCAGAUUGAGCCGACAUGGACAUUCUGGGUUGGGUUUCCCCAUACAAAGACACUGAGAUGGAGCCGUAAUUUACGCUUAGCUCCUUUAUUUCCUCUUUGUAGUUUCACCAUUCCACCGGUCCUGGAUGUUUUGAUAGCGUAGGCACUUCCAGCUUCCGUCCACGCCUUCAGAGGCCUAGCAACCCAGCAACCUAAGAUACCAGGCUACAACCAAGACAUCUUAGUCCAUAUCAACAACAACAAUAACAAAACWAAAAAAUAACAAAAAAUACAAUUUGAUUAUAAUUAUCAUCAUUGUCUGUGAAGUUUCGUGUACAGUUGUUUUUAUGGUUGUUUCUUUUUUCUUUUUUUAAUUCGCUUUGUUUAUUUUCCACAUAGUUUACAUGACCAAUAUUGUAUAUGUAUAGAUAAGCGUUUACAAGAGGUGCGUGUCAGUCCGCCAGUCUAGAAAGUAAAGUUGUUAUCGCCAGGCAACGCAGGUGGGCUGUUCCUUCCUGGUGCAUGUGUUGUCAGGCCCCUCCUCUUUCUCUAAGCCCCUCCCCACAAUGCUAUUGGACCAAUCAUGAUGUGUGGGGGAGAUAGGAGAAAUAGAAAGAUGUGAAAAUAUGAGAUGGGGAUGUCUAUUCAUGGUCUCAGAAGACUUCCGUUGCGUUUGGCCAAGGAUAGAUACAUGUAGGUCUUCCAUAGCCACGACUUCCAGACUCACACAGUUCACUUGAAUGAGAUGCCCUGCCAGAUUUCAUUUAGUACGGCCUACAGCAGCUACCUAUAGGUUGCAGUUAGUCAGAAACCUGCAGUUCAAUACAGUGUUAGUGCAUUUUCUGCAUUUUCUGAAGAGUUGGCCUCCUCAGUUGGAGAAGCUUACUGUAAAGGUUUGUGACAGAAGAAGAGCAAAGUAGAUAAUCUGUGAAGUUGACACUGUUUGCAAUGUAUAUCUGUUUCUCAGAUGUUGUGCCAUGUAUAGUUAGUAUUGCUCUGAAAUGUUGGGCCAUGUCAGACAAGCAGGAUUGGUUGUGAGGUAGACUUGACUUGAGUGAGGUGAGUGGUGGUUUUUGCCUCAUUUCACCCCUGAUUAAUAUGGGUUCAGUCACAGUUUGUGCUAACCACCUCUGUUCAGUGACUAAUAUGGGUUCAGUCACAGUUUGUGCUAACCACCUCUGUUCAGUG